AUGGUUUCCGGUGACGAUUUCAAUGGUGGUCGUUUACCGCGAAAAACUACUAGGUCUCCGAACCGAAAAUCCAAGAAGACUGAUGCAGACAUAGCGAAGGGUUCAGCGUUGCGAAAUGAUUCGCAACCUUCUGUUCACAAGAGAAAUCUUUAUGUGGUCUCAUUCCCUAUUAUUAUUCUUUUUAAUUUACUGAGAUCCAUUUUAUACCAGUUAUUUAUUAUUUUUAAAUAUUUAUACUCGGCGUCCCAUCGUUUUAUUCAUAGGCCUCGUAAAAACGGUGAAUGUAACUUAGAGGUGGUUGUAAAAGACGGUGUUGUGUCUACUGAAAUUGCGAACAGUGAGGAGAUGUCAUAUGUAAACAAUGUGGGUCCAGGGGACCCACUGCUGGCAAAACAGAAACAUCAUCACAGAAAAGCUUUUGAGUACAUCUCGAAAGCACUAAAGAUUGAUGAAGAGAAUGAAGGGCAAAAAGAAUUAGCAAUAGAGCUGUACAAGAAAGGUAUUUAUGAACUGGAACGAGGCAUAGCUGUUGACUGCUGGGGGGGACGAGGUGAUGCCUGGCAACGGGCACAAAAGCUACACGAUAAAAUGAAAACCAACCUAGGCAUGGCUAAGGACCGAUUGCAUUUUCUUGCAAACCUAGUCGCCCUCAGUAAGUUGGGCGUAGAGAGUGAGCCUGAACGAAGUGACAAAAAACCUACGGAGUCUCCUCUUAAGGCGCGAAGGCCAUUAGAGAAGUCCAAGACUACGCUACUAGCACAUACAGAAAGUAACAGUGGUCAAACGAAGCCACCAAACGAAGUCGCAGGACGCAAGUUGACUACAGCCGGUCGAAGAGUGCCGAGCGGUGGAGGGCCCCUGAUGAAGUCUCAAACGCUGCCACGUUCUAUGGGACGCUCGUCAUCACAACCGAACAGCUCUAACGGAGGCUACAGUAGAUAUCCCAUGAAGCCGGCGUCUACACCGCCUGCUGUAAAGCGCCAAUUAUCCAGCGCAUACCAGGUGCCAGUGAAUGGGUCGCCGGUGCGGCGCGCGGCGCCGGGCGGGUCGCAGCGCGGCACGCCCACGCGCAGCCGCACGCCGCAACCCGCGCUCGCCGUGCGCGGCGUCGACCCCAAGCUGGUGCAGCUCAUACUGGACGAGAUCAUCGAGGGCGGCCCGAAGGUUCAUUGGGAUGAUAUCGCCGGUCAAGACGCGGCCAAGCAAGCGUUACAGGAAAUGGUGGUGUUGCCAUCUCUACGGCCCGAACUGUUCACGGGGCUCCGGUCACCAGCUAAGGGGCUACUGCUCUUCGGUCCUCCUGGCAAUGGCAAGACGCUGCUGGCGCGCUGCGUGGCGGCGGAGUGCUCGGCCACGUUCUUCUCCAUCUCGGCGGCCACGCUCACCAGCAAGUACGUGGGCGACGGCGAGAAGAUGGUGCGCGCGCUCUUCCAGGUCGCGCGCGAGUUGCAGCCGUCGAUCAUCUUCGUGGAUGAGGUGGACUCGCUGCUGUGCGAGCGGUCGGCGGGCGAGCACGAGGCGUCGCGGCGCCUGAAGACGGAGUUCCUGGUGGAGUUCGACGGGCUGCCGGCCGCCGGCGCCGACCGCCUCGUCGUCAUGGCCGCCACCAACCGCCCGCACGAGCUGGACGAGGCCGCGCUCAGGCGGUUCCCGAAGCGCGUGUACGUGUCGCUGCCGGACGCGGACACGCGCGGCGCGCUGCUGCGGCGCGUGCUGGCGCGCGGCGCCGCGGCCUGCGCGCUGCGCGACGCCGAGCUGGCGCGCCUGGCCGCCGCCACCGACGGCUACUCCGGCUCCGACCUCACCGCGCUCUGCCGCGACGCCGCGCUCGGGCCCAUCAGAGAGCUGGACCCCGAGGAGGUGAAGUGCCUGGACCUGUCGCUGGUGCGCAGUAUCACGUACCAGGAUUUCGUGGACUCGCUGAAGCGCAUCCGGCCGUCCGUGUCGCCGCACAGCCUCGCCGCCUACGAGAAGUGGUCCGUGCAGUACGGCGAGCUGGGAGUC